UUAUACCUAAGAAAUUCCUGUAUAAACACGUUUCUGAAACUCUUUCUUCACCAGUAUGGCAAAACAAAAUGGUCUUGGGAACAUCUGUCGUAUUCAAUACGAGAAAUAUUUUAGCAAGCUUGCAAGAAGAACAAAAAGUUCAGUUUUGAGGGACGCGGCAGAAGCAUCCGAACUGAAGAAUAAGAUAAUUAUGUCUGGUGGAUACCCUAGUCCUGAAAUCUUUCCAAUAAUAUCUUCACAGCUAACUUUAAGAGAUGGGACAGUUUUGAAAAUAGAUGAAGAGUCACAAAAAGACAGCCUACAGUAUUGCAGUACUUGGGGGAUGGAUGAUUUACGACAAUGGUUGAAGGACUUCCAGAAAAAGAUUCAUAAUCCACCAUCUGUUGGUGAAGACAAACACCCCGGAGAGAUGGAGUUGAUGAUUACUGCUGGUAGUCAAGAUGGUAUCAGCACUGGUUUUCAGAUGUUAAUCGAUGAAGGGGACUCAGUGAUAGUACAGAAUCCCACCUACCCGUCUGUGUUUAGCAUGGUGGAACGGUUAGGAGGUUCUACUGUAGGGAUAGACUCAGAUAAACAUGGAAUAAUCCCAAGUAAAAUGCGGACUCUUCUAGAAAAUUGGGAAAUAUCAAACCCAGUAAAUAAAAAUGCUCCAAGACCCAAGGUGCUGUAUUGUAUUCCUACUGGAGAAAACCCUAGAAGUGCAUCAUGGUCGUUUGAAAGAAGACAAGCUGUAUAUCAGAUAUGUCGAGAGUUUAAUCUGCUGAUAAUGGAAGAUGAUCCAUAUUAUUUUACAUAUUUUAACAGGCCACUUCCUAGAUCUAUGUUAUCAAUUGAUGAAGAUGGCCGUGUUCUAAGAUUUGAUACUUUUUCUAAAGUACUAGGACCUGGGUUGCGUAUAGGAUAUUUGACUGGUCCAAGACCUUUAGUUGGUAAAUUGAUGUUACUAUAUCAGACCUCUACAUCUUUGGCUUGUCCGUUUUCCCAGGUGAUAAUAAUGACACUUUUACGAGAAUGGGGUGUCGAAGGUUUCAUUCAGCAAUGCGACAGAACAGCACAAUUCUUGAAAGAACAGGCCGAUUAUUUGUUACUGACAGCCAAUACGUAUCUAUCAGAUGUAGCUGAAUGGGAAGCGCCAAAUGCUGGUAUGUUUUUAUGGAUGAAAAUGAAAGGUUUCGAAGAUACACGAGGAUUGGUUAAAAGAUGCAAGGAAGAAGGCUUGCUUCUGAUUGAAGGAGUUUAUGCUAUACCAGGAGGAACUAUGUCACCAUAUAUAAGAAUAGCAUUCGCCAUAGCAUCAAAACAACAAAUGAUCGAGGCAUGCAAGAUUUUAGCGAAAGUGUCAAAAGAACUAAGAGGAAUUCCUGAAAACUAAUCCUAAUUUUCACUAAUUCAACACCUCAGACAGUGAUUGGGGG